AACCCACGUCUGUCUCUCUUGCCAGGUGGCUUAAUAAAUACAUGGAAGCGACGCUGGUGUGUCCUGAAAGAUGAGACCUUCCUGUGGUUUCGUUCCAAGCAGGAAGCACUCAAGCAGGGUUGGCUUCACAAGAAGGGGGGUGGAUCAUCUACACUUUCCAGAAGGAACUGGAAGAAACGAUGGUUUGUUCUCAGACAGUCCAGGUUGAUGUACUUUGAAAAUGACAGUGAAGAAAAGCUAAAGGGUGCCAUUGAUGUCCGAACAGCCAAAGAGAUUGUUGAUAAUACAGGCAAAGAAAAUGGUAUUGAUCUAAUAAUGGGUGAUAGGACCUACCACUUAAUUGCUGAGUCUCCUGAGGAUGCAAGCCAGUGGUUUAGUGUACUGAGUCAAGUCCACGCAUCCACAGAGCAAGAGAUCCAAGAGAUGCACGAUGAGCAGGCAAAUCCACAGAAUGCUGUGGGUACACUCGAUGUAGGACUAAUUGAUUCUGUCUGCGCUGCUGACAAUCCAGAUAGACCCAAUUCAUUUGUGAUCAUCACUGCUAAUCGUGUUCUUCACUGUAAUGCUGACACUCCUGAGGAGAUGCAUCACUGGAUAACCCUGCUCCAGAGGUCAAAGGGGGACACUAGAGUGGAGGGACAAGAAUUCAUUGUGAGGGGAUGGCUACACAAGGAAGUAAAGAACAACCCAAAGAUGUCUUCAUUAAAACUAAAGAAGCGUUGGUUUGUUUUGACACACAAUUCUUUGGACUACUACAAGAGUUCAGAGAAAAAUGCUUUGAAAUUGGGUACGCUGGUCCUGAACAGCCUCUGCUCAGUGGUCCCACCUGAUGAAAAAAUCUUCAAAGAGACAGGUUAUUGGAAUGUAACUGUAUAUGGACGCAAACAUUGUUACCGUCUCUAUACAAAAUUGCUUAAUGAGGCGACCCGCUGGUCAAGUGCCAUCCAGAAUGUGAUUGACACAAAAGCUCCAAUUGAUACUCCAACUCAGCAACUUAUUCAGGAUAUUAAGGAAAACUGCCUGAAUGCUGAUGUAGUUGAACAGAUAUAUAAGAGAAAUCCUAUUCUCCGUUACACUUAUCAUCCGUUGCACUCGCCGUUACUGCCACUGCCAUACGGGGACAUCAAUCUAAACUUGCUGAAAGACAAAGGCUACACAACUCUGCAGGAUGAAGCCAUCAAGAUAUUUAAUUCUUUACAGCAGCUGGAGUCUAUGUCUGAUCCCAUCCCUAUAAUCCAAGGUAUCCUCCAAACAGGACAUGAUUUACGACCUCUUCGAGAUGAGCUCUACUGUCAGCUCAUCAAGCAGACCAAUAAAGUGCCUAACCCCGGGAGCGUGGGGAACCUGUAUAGUUGGCAAAUACUCACCUGCAUGAGUUGCACAUUUCUGCCGAGUCGCAGCAUCCUCAGAUAUCUGAAGUUCCAUCUCAAAAGGGUUCGUGACCAGUUUCCAGGAACUGAAAUGGAGAAAUACGCACUUUUUACUUACGAAUCUCUUAAGAAAACCAAAUGCAGAGAGUUUGUGCCAUCGCGGGAUGAAAUAGAAGCUCUGAUCGGCAGGCAGGAGAUGACAUCCACAGUUUAUUGCCAUGGUGGGGGCUCCUGUAAGAUUACAAUCAACUCGCACACUACAGCUGGAGAGGUGGUUGAAAAGUUAAUUCGUGGCUUGGCCAUGGAGGAUAGCAGAAACAUGUUUGCUUUGUUUGAAUACAAUGGAACUACUGAUAAAGCAAUUGAAAGCAGAACCAUUGUGGCCGAUGUCUUGGCAAAGUUUGAAAAGCUUGCUGCCACUGCUGAAGCUGGGGAGAUGCAUUGGAAGUUCUAUUUCAAGCUCUACUGUUUCCUGGACACAGAAAACGUCCCAAAAGAUAGCGUGGAAUUUGCCUUUAUGUUUGAGCAGGCUCAUGAAGCAGUGAUUAGAGGACAUUAUCCUGCUCCUGAAGAAACCCUCCAGGUCCUUGCAGCUUUGCGUCUUCAGUACCUUCAGGGAGAUUACACUCUGCAUACCACCGUACCAGAAAUGGAGGAAGUCUAUCCCUUGCAAAAGCUGAAGUCUCGGAUUACGCAGUCUACCAAAACGUUUACUGCAGCAGAGAAGGCUGAGAAGAAACGAGCCAGCUUUCUUGAAGGAACAUUGCGGAGGAGUUUUCGCAGUGGCUCUGUCAGCAAACAGAAGGUUGAGGAGGAUCAGAUGUUAGACAUGUGGGUCAAAGAGGAAAUCUCGGCUUCCAGGACUAGCAUUAUUGACAAAUGGAAAAAACUCCAGAGGAUGAACCAGGAGCAGGCUAUGGCAAAGUAUAUGGCUUUGAUUAAGGAAUGGCCUGGCUAUGGCUCAACUCUCUUCGACGUAGAGUGUAAAGAAGGGGGAUUCCCACAAGAGUUGUGGCUUGGAGUCAGCGCUGAUGCGGUUUCUGUCUACAAGCGUGGGGAAGGAAGGCCUCUGGAAGUGUUUCAGUAUGAACAUAUCUUGUCAUUUGGUGCACCGCUUGCCAACACCUACAAGAUCGUGGUGGAUGAGAGAGAACUGCUUUUUGAAACUAGUGAGGUGGUUGACAUUGCAAAGCUGAUGAAAGCUUACAUCAGUAUGAUUGUGAAAAAACGCUACAGCACCUCUCGAUCAGUGAGCAGUCAUGGAAGUCAGGGCAGCUCCAGGUGAAAACAAAACCAGUUCUACUGUGCUCUAAAUAGAACAUAUCACUGCUUGGCCUCAAAACGACCUGAUGAUACUGAUCACAUCUGUUGACAAGCUAGCCAAGAACCGGAGUUUCCACGGAAAAUAUCUUCAAACAUUGUUUUAGAAAGACCACAGGAUGGGGACGAGAAAAUCAGCUGAA